UCAUGGGUGUUUUAAAUAGCAAUUUUUUGUAAGAAAAUGUAGAAUAUUAUAGAACGAUCUUUAAAAUCAUGGGAUAUGGAGGAGUAACAUGGGGCAACAAAGGAAAACUCGAUAAUGGGUAAGAAAAAGUCUUCGGGAAGUAAAAAACAGCAAUCUUUAGCCGCGGCUGUUAAGGCAGCAGAAGAACAAGUCGAUGAAAUAGCGUUGGAUAGUGACACGAAGUCUGAAAAGGCAGGAAAAAAGGAAGGAGAUUUAAAGAACGGAAAGAAGGGUAAAGCUGAAGCUGUAGUAGAGGAAUUUGAAUUUGAUUAUACUGGUGGUGAGAAUAUGGAAGAGGAUAAUGAUGAAGAUCCCGUUAAUAAAGAACAAGAUGUACAACAAUUAAGCAGAAAAGAAAUGAAAAAAUUAAAGAAACAGGAGAAGUACUUGCAAGAAGCAAAAGAAAUUGAAGAUUCACAGUUUUCUGUGUCUCAACGUGAACCUGCUGGGAAAGGAACUGUUGUAGAAAAUGCAUUAGAUAUUAAGAUUGAGAAAUUUGGUAUAUCAGCAAGAGGAAAAGAUUUAUUUGUAAACGCAACACUACAAAUUGCUGCCGGGAGACGCUAUGGAUUGGUUGGCCCCAAUGGUAUGGGAAAAACUACUUUACUUAAUCACAUUGCAAAACGGAUUCUGACCAUUCCACCAAAUAUAGAUGUCUUACUUUGUGAACAAGAUGUUGCUGCAGAUAACACACCAGCCUUUGAUGCUGUUCUCAAAGCUGAUACCAAACGACUAGCCUUGUUGGAAGAGGAGAAAAAGUUGACAGAACAAAGUGCAGCUGGUGAUGAGAGUGCAAUGACAAGACUAAAAGAAGUUUAUGUUGAACUAGAAGCCAUUGGUGCCGCAUCAGCUGAAAGCAGAGCUAGACGGAUCUUAGCAGGUCUUGGUUUUACAACAGAGAUGCAACAGCGUCCAACAAUCCAGUUCUCUGGAGGAUGGCGUAUGAGAGUUUCACUAGCCAGGGCACUGUUUAUGGAACCAACUUUAUUGAUGCUUGACGAACCUACAAAUCAUUUGGAUUUGAAUGCUGUCAUUUGGCUAGAUAACUAUCUUCAACAAUGGAAGAAGACAUUGCUGAUUGUUUCUCAUGACCAACAUUUUCUUGACAGUAUUUGCACAGAUAUUAUACAUUUGAAUGAACAGAAAUUAUUUUACUACAGAGGAAAUUAUAGUCAAUUUAAGAAAAUGUACCAGCAGAAGUUGAGAGAGCAAGAAAAAGCUUAUAAAAGACAAGAAAAACAAAUUAAGGAUUCAAAAAUGGGUGGAAAAUCUAAGAAACAAGCUGUCGAGGAUGCAAAGGCCACGCAGAAAAGAAAAAAUGAAAAAGGUGGCGGGAAAAAAGCGACCAGUGAAGAUGCAAUGGAAGCUGAAAACGUUGAACUUAUCAAAAAACCAAAAGAAUAUGUGGUUAGGUUCUCGUUCCCAAACCCCCCACCACUUAACCCACCAAUUUUGGGAUUGAAAGAAGUCACAUUUGGCUAUCCGAAACAGCCGAAUCUUUUUAUCGAUUUGGAUUUUGGAAUUGAUUUGAGUUCACGAGUUGCUGUCGUGGGAAACAAUGGAGUUGGAAAAAGUACUUUUCUAAAGCUAUUAAUUGGAGAACUAAACUUGACCCAUGGAGAAUUGAUAAAGAAUCAUCGAGUGCGAAUUGGAUUUUACAGUCAACAUGCUGCAGACCAGUUGAAGUUAGAAGAAUCGUCCGUGGAAUACCUUCAGCGGAAAUACAACUUAAACUACCAAGAAUCGAGGAAGACACUUGGCCAAUAUGGCCUCAGUGGACAUGCGCAUACGAUUAAAAUCAAAGAUCUUUCCGGAGGUCAGAAAUCUCGAGUUGCUUUUGCUGAUCUUGCGUUAAGCAAUCCAGACGUUAUUAUUCUGGAUGAACCUACAAAUAACCUAGAUAUUGAAUCAAUCGAUGCACUGGCUGAAGCAAUAAACAAAUACACUGGAGGUGUAAUCUUAGUAAGUCACGAUGCGAGGUUGAUUCUGGAGACUGAAUGUCAACUUUGGGUCGUCGAGGAUAAAAAUAUUCACGAGAUAGAGGGAGGUUUUGAGGACUAUCGACAAGAAAUACUGGAAAAACUUGGCGAGACAUUAGCGCCGUCUUCCUAAUGCGUUUUGGGUGGUUACAAAACAUUCGCAUGCGCGAACAUUCUGGGGGAAUUAAUCAUAAACAAAAUAGACUUCUGUAAUUACCUAAAACGGGAAGAACUAAAUUUACAUAGCAUUUGAUCGGCUCUCCAAGGGCAUUAAUGCAGAGCCAGUCAAAUAUGUCCUAAUUUUCUCACUACCUUCACUUUGAUACAUUGUUCGACAUUUGAGGUCUAUCUCUCACUUCUGGGAAAUGUGAACACGUUUUUUACAGUUAUCAUUCCAGUUGUAUUAGGAUUCACAGGUUAUUCGUUGCAAUUCUUUUGCAAUCCUGUCCAAAAGUAGAGGCUGGUCUAACUUCCCAUCAAUCCCAUGCAACCUUUGCGUUGCAAGUUGCUUGCUAGUUGGGAGUGUUAGACAACGCAAUUUUUUUGUAACGCAAAAUAAUCAGUGUUUACUGUACACGAUACAAAUAGUAUCAUCCAUUUUGUGUUACCUUUUCAGGCCUGUGAACCUAAGAAGGAAAUAAGGAAGGCCAUUUAUAAUUUUUAGGGUAGAACUAAUCUUUAAAUGGUAAACGGGUUUUGUAAAGUAUAAAAAGUGUUUACUACGUAAUCCAAACAAUGCUAAAAUGGAGGAAAUUUUUGGGGUAUGCCUCGAAAAACAUUACACGUGAAUACAAAAAUGAUAGCUCCAUUAUAUUUUGAUUGCUUUGGUUGCUUGGUUUUUUGCAACCAUCAAAUACUGUUCAAUAUAAUGUAAAGAAUAAAGCUAAAUAGAUCAAAUAAAUUGACCUUGACUGGUACGCCAAAAGA